AUGUCCGGUGCAAGGCAUUGGGAGCAGGAUAAAGAGGCCACCGUCUACAUUGGCAAUCUUGAUGAAAGGGUCACAGAUAGCCUGGUAUGGGAGUUGAUGCUGCAGGCAGGGCGCAUCGUUAACGUUCAUCUGCCGAAAGAUCGAGUCACACAGUCCCAUCAAGGUUACGGGUUUGUUGAAUUCAUCAGCGAAGAGGAUGCAGAAUAUGCAUCCCGAAUAAUGAACAGCAUCCGUUUAUAUGGGAAGCCAGUACGCGUGAACAAAGCGUCUGCUGACAAGCAGAAGUCGGUGGAAAUCGGUGCAGAACUUUUUGUUGGGAACCUUGACCCCAUGGUCACGGAACAAGUCCUUUAUGACACAUUUAGUCGGUUUGGGAAUUUGGUCAACUUACCGAAGAUUGCACGAGAUGACAAUAAUCUAUCAAAGGGCUAUGGAUUUGUGUCAUUCGGCGAUUUUGAGUCAUCGGAUGCCGCCAUAGCAAACAUGAAUGGCCAGUACCUCAUGAAUAAACAGGUCUCGGUACAAUACGCCUAUAAGAAAGAUGGCAAGGGUGAACGCAUGGUGAUCAAGCUGAGCGGAUGUUCAGGAACCCCUAUGGUGCCCCCGACUAUGGCCAAUGGCGACAGCUCUAGGCCGAUCAGCACUGGACCUCCUGACCUAGGGAUGGGCAGAGGCAUUGCGCCCUCUAAUGUUGGUUUUUCGAAUGUGCCUCCACCGCAACAACACAGGUCUGUUCCACCUGUGACACCUUUGGCAAAUCCACCACCAGGCUUGCCAGCGCGGCCUCCACCUUCACAAGCCGGCUAUGGCGGUCCACCGCAGGCUUUCUUACCUCCAGCCUUCAACAAUACCGGUCAGCAACCAUCUUUUCCUCCACAGCCAGCGCCACCUCCAGGCUUCGCUCCUCCCGGCUUUGGCCCUCCUACUGGGAAUGCUGCUCCCCCGCCACCAUUACCCCCAGGAUUUCAGCAGCCAGCAUAUGGUCGGGGCCGAUGA